UGUUCCUGUGUUUCCUUUAAAUAUGUUUUUGUAUUGAACUUGGGGUGUUAAUUCGUUAGUGGUCACUACAUAACAAAGAAUUACUUGGAUAAAUAGGAUCUACCACAAUGUUACUCAGCAGUAGCCAGUUUGCCCUCACUUGCUUCGUAGUGAUUCUAAGCAAUAUACACGGAAUCAACACAGAUCAAACGGAAACAUAUCAAUCGGUCGAAACAACAACAGUCGACUUCGAUUUUACACAGAAUGUUAAAACAAAUACUCGACAAAACGAGAACAACACACAUUCGCUAGUUCCCGAUGCCGAGGAAUCGACAGAAUUAAACGUUAAAAUUUUAAAUGAGUUCCGUCACGAUGCUCCAGAAAGCGCAUCCAGAGUUUUAGUUGCAAAUAAACCGAACAGUACUUUGAACGAGUUCAAAUUCGGAACUAACAAAAACACAUCGAGUGCUCCGAGCAAACAGCCAGUUAGAUUGUUGCACGGCCAUGAUGAGAAUUCGGUAAUUAGCAAAAAUGUGAAGAAUGCCAAAAUAAGGGCUCAUGUUAGGUAUGAUGAAGUUACGGGAGAACUGAUGAAUGGUGAUCAUCCUUGCCAUAGGGAAUGUCGGGAAGGUGAAGAGCCAAUGAUUUGUUAUUAUCAUUUUGUGCUUGAAUGGUACCAGACUAUGAGUAAAGCUUGUUACGACUGUCCCUACAAUGUGACGGACUGCUCGAGACCUGAUUGUAUUCCUGCUGAUGGGAUGAAUCGACCUUUGAACGUGAUCAAUAGGAAAAUGCCCGGACCAGCUAUUGAGGUUUGUCAGCACGAUCGCGUUAUUGUUGACGUUGAAAACGAUCUGAUGACGGAGGGUACGACAGUCCACUGGCACGGACAGCACCAAAGAGGAACACCGUAUAUGGACGGAACGCCAUACGUGACCCAGUGUCCAAUCCUACCGGAAACUACUUUUAGAUACCAAUUCAACGCGACUCACUCUGGCACCCACUUCUGGCACUCCCACUCCGGAAUGCAGCGCGCUGAUGGUGCCGCUGGAGCCUUCGUGGUGAGGAAACCCAAAUCCCAGGACCCGCAUGGACGAUUGUAUGAUUAUGAUCGAUCGGAACACGUGAUGAUCGUAACAGAUUGGAUACACGACUUAGCUAUGGGAAUGUUCUCCGACCACCACCACUCGAAAGGCGACAACAAGCCCCCGACUCUCCUGAUCAACGGCGUAGGAAGGUUUAAAGUGUUCAAUGAAACUACAAAGCCGAUGUAUAUGAAAGCAGCAAGAUUUAAUGUGGAACAGGGCUACAAGUAUCGUUUUCGAGUGAUCAACGCUGAGUUCCUGAACUGUCCUAUUGAGCUGUCAGUGGAUGGUCAUAACAUCACAGUGAUUGCUUCGGAUGGCUACGAUCUGCAGCCUAUUACUACAACAUCGCUCGUGACGUACGCGGGAGAACGGUUCGACUUCAUCCUGGAGGCGAACAAUGAAAUUGACAACUAUUGGAUCAGAUACCGCGGGCUAAUGGACUGUGAUGAAGUCUUCACAAAGGCGAAGCAAGUCGGUGUGUUGCACUACGAAGGAGCGAUGGAGUCUGAACCCCCCGGCGAUCCGACCUGGGAAGAGUUGCAUAAUGAUGGUUUGCAACUGAACGCCUUGAACAAAGGUGAAGAAGAUGAUGAAACGAUCAGUGUUGCUGAGAUGAGGUCACUGGAAGGUCAUGACGAUAGCCUGAAGGAAGUAGCGGACUAUCAGUUCUACGUUGCGUAUGACUUCUACGCCAAGAACAAUUCCCACUUCCACAGGUCACCUUACUACGGAUAUUACCAAGUUCCGGAAAAGCAAAAUCGUCUAUACACACCUCAACUCAACCACAUCAGUAUGAAGCUGCCUUCAAGCCCCUUACUCACAGCCCGACCUUCAGCUGACAACUUCUGCAAUGCAUCAAGCAUCGAGGAAUCAUGUACCGAGGGCUACUGCGAAUGCUCCCACGUGUUAUCUGUAAAACUAAACUCUGUAGUGGAACUAAUCAUAGUUGAUGAAGGAGUAACGUUUGACGCGAACCAUCCCUUCCAUCUACACGGCCAUUCCUUCAGAGUUGUUGGUCUCAGGAGACUAGCUAAAGAAAUAACAGUUGACGAAAUCAAAGCAUAUGACAAAGCUGGUCUAUUGAAACGUAAUUUGAAGAAUGCCCCCAUUAAGGACACUGUUACUGUACCGGAUGGAGGUUAUACAGUCAUCAGAUUUAAGGCCGACAAUCCUGGAUAUUGGCUUUUCCAUUGCCACAUAGAAUUCCACGUCGAAAUUGGUAUGGCGUUGGUAUUCAAAGUAGGGGAACAUAAAGAUAUGGCCCCUAUACCACGAGAUUUCCCAACCUGUGGUAGCUAUUUGCCUGAUAACAUGUUGGAACACGCAACUACCGAGAAAUCAAAGACCACUGACUCGAUUUCCAUAUCGCAUUGGUGGCCUGUUGUCUUCAUAAACAACAGCACAUCAGCAAGCACUAGUAUAUAUGCUUCGGACUUGGCGAUAGUUUUUAGUAUAUUGUUAUUAACACUAAAUUUGCGAUCGUAGUUACAAUUUUAGAAUAGUUAAUCUAGAUUGUUGAUGUUAAUAGUACUAUUACUAUUUCAUGCGAAUAUUUUAAGCUGAUGAUCAGCUUUCGAAUAUGUACUUACUUAAAUUUUAUUUAUUUCUUGUAAAUGUAAGUUUUCUUGAGAUUGCCUUCGACAGCAUACAAUUUGUAUACAAAUAAUUUAAAAUGGCUUUAACCUGAUAUUCUUUCAAAUAUAGCGUAGCUGCGACAAAACUAAGGUCGUGAUUCGUAGUACAUAGUUAUAAAAUUGCGAUUUUAUCUUGCCUAAUAUUUGAAAAUUAUAAUCUAAUUUCUAACAUGUAUCAAAAAUAAUAAUAGGCAUUACAACGAAAAGUGCGGCAAUAAGAAUGUUGAAUUUUAAACGAUUCAUUGUCAUUUUAGCUAUAAGUUCUAACCCGUUUUUGACUUGCCAUGUCUGAUAAUUUAUUUUAAGCAUUUGUUCUUUGUUAUAUUUAUCUUUUUAGUUAUCAUAAAUGAUAUUUCCUUCUGUGUCAUCUUGCCUGUGUUAUUUCUAAGGUGUAAUCAGAUUGCAUACUCCCAAAACGUGUUUGUUUGGUUUUCUAUUCGGUCCUGAAAUGGUAUUACCGAAAUAAGCAAAAAUUUAAUGGCGAUCAGUGUUAUCACCGUCGUUAGAUAUCGAUCGAGUUUGAUUUCAUAUUGUGAUACUGCUCCAAUAGGGAUGAUGACUGAGUAUAAAAAGUUAAUUUAGUCCGCCCGAUAUUAUUUUUAAAGUUUCGGAGAGGUGGCUUGUGAAUUUCCGCGUCAUUUCCAUUCAUUGUAGUUUAUGUUUGAUAGGCACAGAGAAUCCAUAAUUUUUCAGUAAACUCUAUCGCCGGACGAUGAAAUAAAAUGUCAUCGUCUCUAUUAACACUUGCGUCACGAUCAAGAAUAUCAACUCGAUCUCGAUUCACUUGAACCAAAACUCGAUUCGAACGGGAGUAGGCCCAC